AGAAGACUAGAGCACCUAAAUGAGCCAACCACUCGCCAAGCUCCGUGGAAAUAUGCUUACUUUGGUGGAGACUGAAUGUCCUCUGCACGCAUCUCAGUGACCGUCAUCUAUCAGCAGCGGGUCAGAGAGAGCCACUUCACCUCCAGCGGCUAAAUGUCAAACCUCUGGGCAAAGUGAGAGCGCCACUCUGCGCCACACGGUGAUGAUGGGUGGACCGAGCGCGGCGGAGCAAUAAGGGCGCAUUUCUUAAUUUCCCUUCAGCGUCGCAUCCCCCCCUGCCCCCCCACUUCCCCUCGUCCUUCUAUCCAGCCCUGGACACACGACGUGACCCAGUGACGGCCGUGUUUCCUCCCGUUCACACACGUGGAUUGAUCCAAUGCAUUAUUUACGAGCGAAACUUCAGCAACUUGUCCACUGGAUAUGGCUCCCGGUGUGAGGAGUGAUGGGCGGGCGGGUCAUCCCGAAGUACCGGGAGCCUGCGGGGCAGACGCCUGUGAUGGAUGCUCGCCGCGCAGGAGGGAAGCCGGAGGAGACAGGGGGAGGAGGUGUUUGAGGAGCGGUUUGCGAGCCGGAGCAGCGGGGAUGCUCUCAUACUGCCUGCUGUCUUUGGCUCUGCUUUCACUCCUUGUCCGGUGCGCCGUGGCCGCAGAGGAAAAACCCACCUAUGAUGCCUCUGGCUCCCCACCGAGGAGCUCUGCAUUCACAAGUCCUCAUGUCCAACCAAUGGCUGAGGUGACAGCGACGGGGGAGGUGCCUUUCCAAGUGAUUCAUUCGGACAGCAACGCAGAUGUAGAGGGCGAAGGUUUAUCAGGACAGCCGGCUUUUUCCUCUAUCAUAACUGUGAUGGCAGGAACUGUCAAACAUCCAGUGAGCCUUGAUCAAAGUAGAACCUUGCCAACUAUCAGCAAGGAUGAUACACUCACCACCCAAUGGCCUUCACAUAGUUCCAGCCAAGAUUCAGACAUGUCCUCCUCAUCACCGUCAGUCGGAGACAGCAUCAGAGCACGCUCAGAGCCAGAGACGGAUGAUCUUACAGCUGGAACAUCUAAAUCAGUUGUGUCCACUUUCCCCAAAGAAAAUGAGGUCAGUCUAAGCUCUUCUCAGUCAGACAGGGUAAUCCUUUCUGCUGGGCCCAUCGAGAACACAUCUCAGGUAUCACUGGUGACCCCGCAACACGAUACCCCGACAGCCCCUGUGAAGCUCACCACAACAACCACAUCGCCACCUGCAAAAACUCCCGCCAUUACCGCGAGUACGCCUUCUCCGAAAGUAAUGAUGGCGUCGACCACCAAGACCACUCUGCAGCCCAAACCCGUUACCGGAAGAACCACCACAACCAUCAGGACUUUUACCAGCAGAAGAACGUUCACAUCGCCCAACCAAAGAGCAAACCCUCCGAGGGGGGUGACCGCCGUCUUUGUCUCACCUUUCACCACAACCACAGAGGCUCUACAACCACAGUGCAACAUAACUGAGAGGUUAUGGGUGAAAACAGUUGUUUCAAUCUACGUAAGACGGAAUAGACUGGAUAGCAUUCAGAGGCAGAACUUGCGAAGGGGACUGAGUCAAGGCCUCAGAAAAGCUUUGAAUGACACAUCAGCCCAAGCACAGGUGGAGACAGUUUUUGGCUCUCCCAACAUGACUGUGGCUUAUCACGUGACAGGAGGAGAGACAGUUUACCCUCCUUCUGUAGUAGCAGAGGGUUUGAUGUCCUACGGCCGUGAUAAGCUGAUUGCAGACCUGCGACAGUAUCUCCCCAUGGUGACAGCCCUGCCUCUUCCUGUUGCUUUGUGGAGAUCCAGCCCCGCCACUGGCUUCCAGCUGAAAACAGUGUUGCAGUUUGUGGGGUCAGGUGACGACCCGCGAUCCUGUCGCUUCUUACAAAUGAUGGAACAGAGACUCGAGAAGGUCUUUUCUGAGGCGCAGGCCAAAGUUCUCAACGCUAAAAGCCGACUCACAGUUCAGAUUCUGAGUGUUUCUCAGACACCAGGCUCUCCUGCUGUGUCUUUAGUCUACGCUGUAAAGAACGGGACUGUAUUUCUUAAUGGAACAGUCGCCUCCAACCUUCUUGGUCAGUUUUCUGCUGAGCUGGUGGGCUACUUCCUCUUCUAUCCCCCGCUUAUUAUUGCUGAGCCACUUGAAUACCACAAUCUGAACACGUCUGUUGAAACCAGAGACUUCUGGGUAGUCACAGUGAUCCAGGAUGUUGAUAAUGCCAGCCUGGAGGGACAGUACCAAAGCUUUGCCAGUCUAAUGGAGCAGCGGUUGGCGGACUUGUUUGUGUUGGCAGGGCAGCAGGGCACUCGCUUUAGACGAGCCACAACUGUGGGCAGCUUCACCGUCCAGAUGGUGAGCAUCCGCAGAGUGUCCGGGUUGAAGAAUCCAGCAGAGAUGACCUACUACGUUCAGCAUAAUGGCAUCCCUCUGUCUGGCACGUCAGCUGCCAAGGUCCUGAACACAGUGGACUCUCAGACCAUGGCACUCACUCUGGGAUACUUUGUCCAGGUGCAAGCAGAACCUGUGGUCAAGAACCCUCCAAAUAACCUGUGGAUUAUUGCUGCAGUUUUGGCCCCGAUCUCUGUGGUAACACUCAUCAUUAUCAUCAUCACAGCUGUGCUGUGCAAAAAGAACAAGAACGACUUUAAAGCUGACGCCAUUGGUAACCUCAAUCCCAGAGCCAAGAUGGCGUAUCGGAGGGAUGUGAGCUAUUAUCACCAGCCAGUCCAGGGAUUUGACUAUGCCAAGCAGCACCUGGGCCAGCAGGGAGGAGAUGAGGAGACGCUGCCUGUCAGUCAGGAUACUUUAGUGAUGUCCCUACAAAUUCGGGACACAUCACUGUCGCUAGAAAAGGCACUGCGACAAGAUGGGAUAGCCAACAAAAAAAGUCACACUGCUGACAAACACAAAAGCAAGUUGCCAAGUGAAGACGGCUCCGUCAUCAGCAACGAAUCAGAGAAGCUGAAUUCUAAGAGGGGUCUGACGGUGCCGAAAGUCACAGCGCAGCAGAAAUCGACAAAGGAGGAGGCCCGCAGGAGGGACGAUCCGUACGACACAUCUUCUGGCUCCCUGCAGCUAAUUUCCAUAAAGCCUGUAACUGCGCAGACAAAUUGCUCCCACCCUGCAUCUUCCGACCGCAGCCAGGAGUCAGCCAUCGUCAACGGAGAGGUUAGCUUGGCGUUGAAGCAGAAGUCAGACAUUGAGCACUACAGAAAUAAGCUGAGGCUGAAAGCUAAGAAGAAAGGGUAUUAUGAUUUCCCGUCCACCAAUGGCAGCAGCAGCGGUGGAGGUCGAGCCCUGGUGCAUAAACAACGGAGCGACUAUGACAGGGAAGUCGGUGAGCAUGGCAGACCUCUGGAGCCAGAUGAUGAACGAGGGUCCACAUACGUCAAGUCUCACAGAAGGCAUUCCCAGGUCGGACAGAUGGCCUAUCGCAGCAGACAAAGCCUAAGCAGUCCAAGUCCCGGAGGAACUGAGAUGGACCUCCUUGUAAUGAGAGAGAGGCCCAGAAGAGGCAUUCGCAACAGUGGCUACGAUACUGAGCCGGAGCUGAUCGAGGAGACAAAUGUUGAUCAUCUUCUGGGGCCACGACGGUACAUGUAUGGUCGUGGCCUUAAAGGCCAUUCAGAGACAUCCACUCUGAGCUCACAGCCAUCCAUUGAUGAAGUGCGACAGCAGAUGCACCUGUUGCUGGAAGAGGCGUUCAGCCUGGCUUCUGGAGGCCAGUCCACGUCUGGAAGGCAUGGCCACCACCAGCAGCCCCCUCCUGACCAAUACAGCCCUGCGCCUCCUCUCCCAUACGCCGACGUGGUCAGCAGCGUUCCAGGCACUAUGAGCUCGGGGCGGGGCGGACUCCACUGGGUGCCAUCUUAUGGAGCAGAUAUUUAUCAGUGCAGCCUGCCUAAACCUGCCUUUCGCUUCACCCAGCUUCCUGAGAUGGCCGUGGGUUCUCCGCCUCCUUUACCGCCUCGCACUGGACCUCCUCACAGAACCUCCUUAAGACGUUCCACCUCGGACUUGGGGCCUAAGGGAAGGAGCUCAGAAACAUCUGUCGCUGAAAUGCGGAGUCAACGUGAGAAAAACCCAUAUGGGCCAUUCACACGAGCAGCACUUCCAUCUAUCACUGCAGAACAGCCGGUCCCAAACUACUCAGGAAACCCUAUUACUGCUGUCUACGCCAUCCCUGCUGCAAAGCCAGGGUACUCAGAAUAUUUUGUCCCCACGUCCCCUACGUCCUACCACAGUCCCUCUUGGAUGUCCUAUCCACCAGAACCUGAGGAUGUCCAGCCGCAGUGGACAGAUUCUGCACCCUUACCUGGGUAUGCUGAAGCUUUUCCUAAUCCUCGUUACCCACAGGGGAGUCCCACCAGGCUACCCCUGCAGUAUAGCCAGACACUGGAGCAGCCGCCCACUGCCCCUCGCACACUAUCCGAGCAAAGUCUUCCCCAGGUGCUGAAGGACAUGGACAGCAUGCCUCUGAGCAGCCUCUCCACCUCUGCACUUGUGCAGGCUAUAAGACAGGAGGUGGCCAAGCUAGCAAAGAAACAGAAUGACAUUUUUGAGUUUUAACAUACAGACGUGUUUGGGCUUUUGAAAGAGGCACACAGAGGUGAUGCUUCUUCCGCUCCGUUUUUAAUAUUUGUACACUCCAACAGACUGAUCUUUAAUUGCUGAUUAUCCACCUCUUUUUGCACACAACUGGUGUAUGUCAGCUCAUCAAUUAAGAAAACUUCAAAAGAUUUGUUUAAUUUUAGAAAAUAAUAAUUCCAUUUUAUGUUACUGAUGUCCCCGGCAAUUAUGCACAUAUCUAUGUAGAUAUAUCAAUAGGAUGAAACUAAAGGUCAAAAACAUUUUUUUCUGGACCAGAUUAGGAUCUUAGUGGGACUUACAAGAGAAAAUCCAUUAAUGUAAUCGUCUGUACUGAGAGGACCAAAUUCUCCCUGUCAGAUGGGUAAGAAUGACUCACAGUGUAUAUGAGCAUGUACAGUUUAAGGACAUUUUGUAUCUAACCAAGCUUGUUAUUAAGCAUCAGCUUAAACAAGAUGGGCAAGAUCAGGAUCAGCUCUUUUAAACUUUAAUCUCAGAAUGAAAAACACAUUUAUUUUUUAUUUUACUUUCUGUAGUUUACAUGUCUGAGAAAAAUAGCAUAUCAACAACACAAACCGUAACCUUCCUAGAGAAUCUUAUGGUUCUGUUUAAAAGGUUUAGUAACUGGAAAAUAACAAAUGGACAAAAUACAAUUUCAAACUUCUUCUUCUUUAAAUCUUAUUUUAAAAUAAAUCUAGCAGGAUUAAUUUGGGUUUUCAUAUGAUGGUGUAAGGUGCAGAUGAGAUAUCCGAUCACUAAAUUGGGUUUAUUGGUGAAUUAAGGUCUUUUUCAAAGGAUGCAGUCUUGGGGAAUACUCUGAAUACAGAUUGCAAUACAAUACUUUAUUAGCGUUAAAUGUUUGAAUGCUUUAGGACAGUCUCCAGUGAGCCUUGUCCACAACAAGGUCAACAUUCUGGCAGGUUUAUGAGUUUUGGGUGCUGCUCAAAGGAUUUUGUUUACAAACAGCAAAAGUAAUGAAAAUUUUCAUUUCUUUUUUAUGCUGUUUGCAGUCCAUAUUUUUACUCACCAGUCAUAAGUGCUGUGACUUCCUGGCUAAUUUUAAGUAAAAUAUUCUUUUGCCACUCAAACACCUCUAAUUAGCAGUGGUAUAAACUAUGAUCCUUCAGGCCCAGUGGACUGUAAAGUCGGGUCUUUACAUUGUGUCUAAAAUAAUGCAUUGCAACACAAUGAGCCUUGUCAUUGCCUUUACUUGUUGGUGGAUUCAUCGAUGUAUUCUUCAUAGAUACCUUAUAUAGGAAGAUGUCUUCAAAAUAUUGAUGGACACAUGAAAUAAGUUCAUCACACGUGAAAUGUUGAUCUAAUAAAUUAUUUUGUCUGAGAUAUACCAGCGGGACUUUAAGUUAGAAAAUCAUUGUAAAAUUGAUUUAUUUUAGUAAUUCGUUUCAAAAUACAAAACUCAGAAUUUGCAAAUCCAUCACAAACAAGGUGAUGCAUUUAAUGGAAUUGCUGGGCAGCGUGCAAUAUUCCUUGGGUGUAAUGUCUCUGCAGUUCACGUUCUGAUGAAAAUCAAGUUCUCUCACUAGAAGUAAGAUAUCGUUUUUUGGGGUAAUAGCACUUUGAGCAGGGACACAAAUGAGGGAGGUUGAGCAAGGAAACAAAUCAGCUGCAAAAACUAUCCAGUCAAGUUAGGCACACAUAGGAAAAUCAACUCAAACAUGGUUUGUUUGUUUGUGCGUGAGAAAAUAUUCCAGCUCUGGAAAAAAAAAUCAAAACAAAACAAACAAAAGUCUUAGAUUUUCUGCAGAGAUGUGCAUGUAGUAUUGACCUGUAGCAGGGGUUGUGUGACUUGCAUUAACACUGAGAUUGCCAACUUGUACUGUAUGAUUUCUAAUAACCUUAAAAAAGGUGGAUUAUUAUAUAAUCAGUGCUGGGAAGUUGUCAGCUUUGACACCAGAGAGAUACUGUAUGUAUGAGUGAAGUUGCCUUUGACUCUUUCUCAUUCAUGGAACAGCAGGCUGCUUUUUUUUUAUCAGUCCUGGAUGAAGUUAGCCUUUUAACUCAAAUAACUGUUUAUUUAUCAUAUGACUCCAUGUGUAAGUAGAUAUAUGAAGCCUCUUGUUCUCAAACUCAUCAAGAACUCUGCCAUUACUUUGUCUUAAAAUCAUUUUUAUGUGAACACCUUUCUACAUUCUCAAAUACAAGAAUCUGAUGGGGUUUACUGAAUGAAACAUGAUAAUCUAUUCAAUAAAGUUAAAAGUGAGCUAACUCUAUGGGAAAAUCAAUGUUUUUUUGUCCUCAUGCGUCAUUCCCUCAUCUUCUUUUCAUCUGUUGCUUGAUCUUAUUUUCACUGGUGUUAUUUAGAGAUGAAUCUAACACUGAAAAAAGAUGGGAAUUGAGGGAAAUGUUAACCUAAAUAUUUCAAGUGAAAUAAAUGAUUUUAUCAAA